CUUUUGCCUUGGUCUGAGGCGCUCAUUCCGCGCUGGGAGUCGCCGCAGCCGCCACUAUUUCUGUGGCCGCCGCCUAGCGUCUUCGCGCUCCUCCCUUUCCUCCUCCUCUUUCUCCUCCUCCUUCGAGUCCCAGUCACGGCGACCUGCUCUGCUCACGGGCAGAAAAUUAAGACUUAAUUUGCUCUUCUCUGGAGUCAUAUGUGCCUAGGUGACUCUGCAACUUGAUGGAUGACGACAGCCCUUUUCAAUCAAAAAAUAACUCAAAAAUGGCAGAACUCUUUAUGGAAUGUGAGGAAGAAGAGCUGGAACCAUGGCAGAAAAAAGUAGAAGAAAUUCUGGAUGAAGAUGAUGAUGAUGAUGAGCUGAUUUUUGUUGGAGAGAUAUCAAGUUCAAAACCAGCCAUUUCAAAUAUUUUGAACAGAGGUAACCCCAGCUCAUCUUCAAAGGGAAUAAAGAAUGAGACAGUCACUCAAGGUGUUACUGAUCCGUUCAAGCCUACAAGUCAACACUACAAAGAUCCAACAUCAAAUCCAGUGGCUGCCUUGCCUAGAUUUCAUCCCGAAUCUAAGUCUUCACAGAACUCUGUUAUUGUUCAGAACGUGUCUAAACCUGAUUUUACAAAGAAUUCAUCACAAGUUGAAUCGGAUGAUUCUUCAGAGUUACUAUUUGACUUGACCCAGGAUACAAUUCCACUGUCCCAAGAGGGAUCAACAAUUUAUAUCGAAGGUAUAAAUGAAACUCUGCCUAUAUUAAAACGUUCUUCUGCUUCUAAAGUAAACAGUGUUACUCCAAAAAAGCCAAAGACCAGCGAAAGUGUUUCUGAUAUAAGUCCUUCUGCUUCAUUGUCUCUAAGUAACUCUCCUCCAGUGACAUCUUCCCAUGUUAUGAUAUCAAAAGGUACAAAUACCUCAUCAGCUCACUAUAAAACUGGAACAUCUUUUUUAAGAUCCUGUCCAAAGUGCAAUGUAAAGUUUAAUCUUCUGGAUCCUUUGAAAUAUCACAUGAAGCGUUGUUGUCCAGACAUGGUAAAUAAAUUUUUGGAAAUGAUUAAAGCAGAACUUGCUAUUACUGAAAAUAAAAAAAACGGUGCAGAGAAAGGAAAAUUGAUCAUGUUAGUUAGUGACUUUUACUAUGGAAGACAUGAAGGAGCUAUUGAUGAUGAACAGAAGACUUACACAACCUUUAAAUGCUUCAGUUGCUUGAAAGUUCUUAAAAACAAUAUUAGGUUUAUGAACCACAUGAAGCACCAUUUGGAACUUGAGAAGCAGAACAGUGAGAGCUGGGAAAACCACACUACCUGCCAGCAUUGUUACCGUCAGUAUCCCACACCAUUCCAGCUGCAGUGUCACAUUGAGAGUACACACACUCCCCAUGAGUUUUCUACGAUUUGCAAAAUCUGUGAAUUAUCAUUUGAAACAGAGCAUGCUCUUUUGCAACAUAUGAAGGAUACUCAUAAACCCGGUGAAAUGCCAUAUAUUUGCCAGGUGUGCCAGUUUAGAUCAUCAUCAUUUUCUGAUGUAGAAAGUCAUUUUAGAGCAUCUCAUGAAAACACUAAGAACUUGCUAUGUCCAUUUUGCCUCAAAGUUAGUAGAAUGGCAACUCCCUACAUGAAUCAUUACAUGAAGCAUCAGAAAAAAGGAGUUCAUCGUUGUACAAAAUGCAGACUACAGUUUUUGACCUGCAAAGAGAAACUGGAUCACAAGACCCAGCAUCGGACCUUUAUAAAGCCUAAAGAGCUAGAAGGAUUGCCUCCUGGUACAAAAGUUACUAUUCGAGCCUCAAUUGGACCGCUUCAUUCAAAACCAGUUACUUCAUCUCCCAGUAGUAGCGUUCCAAGCACUUCUUCUUUUCAGCUCUCACCUGCAAAGUCUAAAAGUACAACUGCUAAGAAUCCCACAAAAUCUAAUGCAAGUAAAUCUAAGGCAAGUAAGCCUCAUGCAACUAAACCUAAUGCCAGUAAGCGAGGUAGAGGUGCAUCUAAAUGCAAGACUAAAACCUCUUACAAGCAAAAGAAACAGCGCAACAGAAAGAAUAAAAUCAGCAUAGCUUUGAAGAACCUAAGGUGUCGUCGGGGAGUUCACAAGUGCAUUGAGUGUCAUUCCAAAAUAAAAGAUUUUGCAAGCCACUUUUCAAUAUAUAUCCACUGUAAUUUUUGCAAAUACAACACUAACUGUAACAAAGCCUUUAUAAAUCAUAUGGUGAGCUCUCAUAGCAACCAUCCGACUAAACGGUUUUAUAUUUUUAAGAAGCAUUCUGGAACUCUCAGGGGCAUUACUCUAGUGUGCCUUAAAUGUGACUUCCUAACUGAUUCUUCUGCUUUAGACCGUAUGGCUAAACACUUGUGUCAACGCAAAACUCAUACUUGCCAAGUUAUAAUAGAGAAUGUUCCCGAAAGUACCUCAACUUCUGAACCCAAUUCUGAACCCAAUUCUGAACCCACUUCUGACCGCUUGUUGAAAUAGAUUCCUGCUCUAUGGAGCUCGUGCAACCUGGUGCAAGACAAGUUGGAAUUUCCUAAGUUCAAAGUUCUGAAGUGUUUUCUUACACAAAGGCAGUUUCCUAAGUUCAAACUUCUGAAGUGUUUUCUCACACGAAGGCGGUUAAACAGCCAAGUUCAUGACACUAGCUCUGAUUCAGCUCUUUUCAGCUUUCAGAUGGCACUAGAUUCUUAUUCCACCUUAUCUUUGUGUCAGGUUAACAUAUCUUAACAUAUGCUUUUUUCUCCAGUUGGCUUUCUCCAAAAAUAACUUUUGUUGCUAUGGUCUUUUUUUGCUUUGCUUAAAAUAAUUUGUGUUUUUCUCUGCUGUACUUGCCUUCAGAAUAUUGCAUUCCAAAUGACAUGGCUAUUCAUUUUCUUUGUCUGUUUUGUCUGGUUUCUUAAUUUCACUUUUAGGUCAGAUAGCUGUCUUUUUCCUCUUUCCUUGUCUGUCAUUGUUCUAUUUUUCGUAUUUUUCAGAUGCAGAAGCAACACAGAAAUUUCAAAAAAUGUCCAGGAUACUCCUGGUCAGUGUCCCCCUUCGAUGGACACAACUGAUGCCUGUUCUCUCUUUCCAAGGAAUGUGAAUUAUUUGACUGUGAGACCUCCUCUAGAUUGUGGCCUUAAGAAAUCAGACCUUGGGGAGAGUCCCUUCCUUCAUGACUGGCCUCCCAUAAGGCUGAUGCUAAUUUGGCCAGAGAUGACCUCAAGGCCCGCCAAAUUGAGCACAACUUCCCACUGGAGGCUUUGGUUCUUGAACUUAUAUUUAUGGGUUCAUUCUAACUAAGAAAGACCCAUCAAAUCUGUGCUUCAACAUCCAAGUUGAAGUUUAAUCAUUUUGGCUGCUGCCCUUUAAUAUUUGUCUAGUAUGCAUGCAGUCCAAGGAAUAUAAAAACUGGUUGUGUAGGGAACCAAGGUUACUUUCAUGUUCUUGGAAAACAAGUUUCUAAAAUUACAGUUCCAAAGUUAUAGUUAUUUGUACCGUCAUUUGAAAUUUUAUCCAGUAUUAACCCUAGGAGUUUUCAGCAAUACUAAUAUUCAGAUUUUUUAAAGUUUAAUUUUAUCUUGGUUUUAUGUUGUCCUUCACCAAAUUUAUUAAUGUGUGUUUUGUUAUGUCCACUUUUAUCUCUCCUCUUUUUAAAACUUUUGUUUUGUGUUUGUUUUGUUUUGUUUUUAAGAACCUCAAGAAAUUCUUUAGAAUUCUCUACAAAUUUCAUGUAGCUGCCUAUUGAUAGCUUCUAGAUUUGGGUAAUUAUUCAGACCGUUAGACAUUACUACAUCCUCUGUCUUGGGACUAUCAUUAUCUUAGUGAUUAUGAGUUUAAAGACAUAAAGAAUUGGCAAAAAAAAACACUUCCUACAGACCUUAAAAUAAAUUUUAAAGUUAUGUUUCUGUACAUCUAAUACAUAUCUUCUUAGCCAUUAAUGUAAUUCCUUUGGAUAAAGAUAAUAUAUUCAGAAAAUAUUGGGACCAAAAAAUGCACUUGUUUCUUGCCCAUAUAUAUAUAGAUGUAUAUUUUUUUUAUUUUGGUGUUUGUUUAUUUUGGUUACAUUGAAUAUAGAUUUGCUGAACAGUUUGAUGUUAUUACUUAUUUUUUUAAUAAAAUUUGUAUUGGUAAA